AUGGGAGAUGGUAAUGGAGAUGCUCAAGAAUAUAAGUCAGGUGAAACUUGUAGUGAGUCCUUGAUAAAUAUUCAUGAUGCUCUAGAGGAUGAUUGUGAGUUUGACUUGGUUAGGCAGGAUGUACCUGAUGAUAUUAUUGAAAUACCUCUAUCUUCACUCCAUGUCCAAAAAGAUGAAAGUGAAGUGGUGAUUGAAACUGAAAGUGAAAGUGAACUUGAAGGAGAAAGUAAAAGUGAAAGUAAUGGUGAGGGUGAAAGACAAGGUGAGUGUGAUGACGAUGGUGAAAGUGAAAGAGAAGAGGAAGACAAUUUGAGACAGGAAGUAGAAGGUGAACUUGAAAAAGCCAUAGAGAAAGACAACUUGAGACAAGAAGUACAAGGUGAACUUGAAAAAGCCAUAGAGGAAGACAACUUGAGACAGGAAGAAAAUGACCUUAGUAGGGAAAAUGAUUUUGACCAAGUUCAUAUAGAUAUCAGUGAAGAAGACAAUGAUGUUAUAAAAGGGUCAAGGGAGGAUGAAGGUGAAAAAUCACAAGAGGAGGAAGAUGAUGAUGAAGGGAUAGAUUCUGAGAGAAAGAAUGAAGAUGACAAAACAGAAGAGGAAGGAGAUAAAGAACUUGUUGAUGAGGGGACAACUUUUGAGGGAAAAAAUGAAGAUGACAAAUUUGAAGAGGAAGAACAUAAUGAAGAAGGAGCUAAACGAAAAGAAAAGGGCGACAAUGACAAUUCAGAAGAGGAAGAGGAUAAGGAGGAAGUUGUAGGAGGGAAAGAUUCUGAUGAGGAUGAGGGAGGGAAAGGAGAAGAACAAUCAAGUAAACAUCUUAGAAGAUCAAAAAGAGAUAAAAGACCUGCUGUGAAAUCUCCAUGGGUCAGAACUAAUGUUGGAAAGAAGAGAAAAAUGGAUGACAAGGAGCGAUUAUUUGAAAUAUGCACAACACCAUGUGAGGAAGAUGAGGGAGACAAGAUCAUUAUAGAUUUGUAUGGCUACUACUUGACUCGUGCAGAGCUACAAUGUUUUGGUGGAAAAAGAUGGAUUAGUGACAGGGUGAUGUCAAUGGUUGCCCAAACUUUGGCAGUUGAUGACAACAAGGGAGAAAUCUUUCCUGAGUUUGUUAGAUAUAACAUUGCUGAUUAUGAAUUCAUUUUUAGCCCAACUCUUUUCCAUAGUCACUGGUUUUACUUUGUCUUCGAGAUAAAGACCAUGAACUUCUAUGUUUUAGAUUCAUUGAGGAAUUGCUUUUACUCUCUACUUUGUGCAAUUGAGCCACAAUUGUUUGAGGAUGACGUUAGCACGGACAUUAUAUGGGCUAAAGUUCAUGUGCAAAUUGAUACGUAUAAGAAGCUGUUGACUACAUGGCGUUAG